AGGAGAGGAGCGGCGGAUGGGAAGGACCCGAGGGAGGGCGAGGCGCGAAGGUGGGGACGCGAGGGAAAAGUGCGGCCGGGAGGAGAAGGCAGCGGAAGGUGGGGAUUGAUGCUUCUGUGUUUUGUUGCCGCUGCUGCCCUCGCGCUGGGAGCCGAGCCGGAGGGAAGGCAGUGGAGAGAUGAUUGCAGAGUUGGUGAGCAGCGCUCUGGGGCUCGCCUUGUAUCUCAACACCCUGAGCGCGGAUUUCUGCUACGAUGACAGCCGUGCUAUCAAGACUAAUCAGGACCUCCUCCGAGAAACUCCAUGGACACACAUUUUCUACAAUGAUUUUUGGGGGACUCUUCUAACACACAGCGGCAGCCACAAGUCCUACCGGCCUUUCUGCACUCUUUCCUUUCGCCUGAACCAUGCCAUUGGAGGCUUGAAUCCCUGGAGCUACCAUCUGGUCAAUGUCCUAUUGCAUGCGGCUGUCACCGGUCUCUUCACGAGCUUCUCCAAGACCCUCCUGGGUGACGGAUACUGGACAUUCAUGGCCGGUUUGAUGUUCGCUUCUCACCCCAUCCACACAGAGGCAGUGGCGGGAAUCGUGGGCCGCGCUGAUGUUGGGGCCAGUCUGUUCUUUCUCCUCUCCUUGCUCUGCUACAUUAAACACUGUUCUACAAGAGGCUACUCAGCCAGGACCUGGGGCUGGUUCCUGGGCACUGGACUGUGUGCGGGGUGCAGCAUGUUGUGGAAGGAACACGGAGUGACUGUUCUCGCAGUUUCCGCAGUUUAUGAUGUCUUUGUCUUUCACAGACUGAAAAUGAAGCAGAUCUUACCUGCCAUUUACAAAAGGAAGAAUUUGUCUCUUUUUCUCAGCGUUAGUUUGUUAACUUUCUGGGGGACCUCCCUUUUGGGAGCCCGGUUAUACUGGAUGGGAAACAAACCACCAAGCUUUUCCAACUCAGACAACCCAGCCGCAGAUUCAGAUAGCCUCCUGGCUCGUGCGCUUACCUUCUUCUAUUUGCCAACCAAGAACCUCUGGUUGUUGCUCUGUCCAGAUACCCUCAGUUUUGAUUGGUCCAUGGAUGCCGUGCCUCUGCUGAAAACAAUUUGUGAUUGGAGAAACCUACACACUGUGGCCUUCUAUACUGGACUCCUCCUCCUUGCCUACUAUGGUUUGAAGAGCCCAAGCUUAGAAAGAGAAUACAAUGGGAAAGCUGUCACAAAUGGCAAGCAGAAUGCUAAUGGACAUAGCUGCCAUUCAGAUGUGGAGUACCGGAACUCAGAGAUUAAGCCCAGCUUUGCCUCCAAAGCAGAAAAUGGCAUUAAAAAUAAUGUAUCACAGACAACACAGCUCCCUUCUACAGAGAACAUUGUUGUUCUGUCUUUAUCUUUGUUGGUAAUACCCUUUCUUCCUGCUACGAACUUGUUUUUCUAUGUUGGCUUUGUAAUUGCAGAGCGAGUAUUAUAUAUUCCUAGUAUGGGCUUUUGCCUGCUGAUUACAGUGGGUGCCAGAGCCCUUUAUGUCAAAGUCCAAAAGCGGUUUCUCAAGAGCUUGAUUUUUUAUGCUACAGCUACAUUAAUUGUUUUCUAUGGACUCAAGACUGUCAUCAGGAAUGGAGACUGGCAGAAUGAGGAAAUGCUGUAUAGGUCUGGGAUAAAAGUAAACCCAGCUAAAGCGUGGGGUAACCUUGGAAAUGUUCUGAAGAGUCAGAGCAAAAUUUCUGAAGCUGAAAGCGCCUAUAGAAAUGCUUUGUACCACCGCAGCAACAUGGCUGACAUGCUUUAUAAUUUAGGGUUGCUUCUCCAAGAGAACAGCAGGUUUGCAGAGGCCCUCCAUUAUUAUAAACUGGCCAUCGGGAGCAGGCCUACCCUGGCUUCUGCAUAUUUAAAUACCGGCAUUAUUCUAAUGAACCAAGGAAAGACCGAAGAAGCCCGGCGGACCUUCCUAAAGUGUUCUGAGAUUCCAGAUGAAAACCUGAAGGACCCUCAUGCACACAAGAGCUCUGUUACCAGCUGCCUGUACAACCUGGGGAAACUCUAUCACGAGCAGGGACACUAUGAGGAAGCCCUGACUGUGUACAAGGAAGCAAUUCAGAAAAUGCCCCGACAGUUUGCCCCACAGAGUUUGUACAACAUGAUGGGUGAAGCAUAUAUGCGAAUGAGCAAGCUCCCUGAAGCAGAGCAUUGGUAUAUGGAGUCCCUGAGAUCCAAGACGGACCACAUCCCUGCUCAUCUCACCUAUGGGAAGUUGCUAGCUCUCACGGGUCGUAAGAGUGAGGCUGAAAAGUUCUUCUUGAAGGCCAUUGAGUUGGAUCCCACCAAAGGAAACUGUUACAUGCAUUAUGGUCAGUUUCUUCUGGAAGAAGCUCGCCUCUUAGAAGCGGCUGAGAUGGCAAAAAAAGCAGCUGAACUAGACAGUACAGAGUUCGAUGUUGUCUUCAAUGCUGCCCACAUGCUCAGACAGGCUAGCCUCAAUGAAGAAGCCGAAAAGUAUUACGAUCUGGCAGCCAGACUCAGGCCUAAUUAUCCAGCAGCUCUGAUGAACCUGGGAGCGAUCCUGCACCUCAAUGGCCGACUCCAGAAAGCGGAGGCCAACUACCUGCGCGCCCUGCAGCUCAAGCCAGAUGAUGUCAUCACGCAGUCCAAUCUUCGCAAGCUGUGGAACAUCAUGGAAAAGCAAGGCUUAAAGACUUCCAAGACCUGACACAGGAGGACAGAAACCCCAUCCUCCUCCCUUUAAUAAAGCUGGCUUCAUUAACAGACAAAACUUUCCAGCAGUGCUAUGAUCAGAGCUCAUUUUAGGCUUCAAGACUCAGGCAGAGGUCAUUGAAGUCACUGAAUCCACUUCGCUGUUGGCACAGCCAUUAACACCAAAAAGGGGAACAUUGGAAACCUCCAGGAGGAUGUAAUUGUUAUCCACAGACUGCAAACCAGAGCACUUAAAUGGGAUCUUUUGGCAUUCUUAAAAGGGAGGGGGGUGUUACCUAAAUUACAAAUUUUCUUCCUUUGUUUGAAAGCUAACUUUGAAACUAUAAUGUUCCUUAAACACUGUGAGAGGAAGUCAGAAUGUCCAUGCAGCCACAGUAAACUAUUGAGGUUAAGUGUUAAUAGGGAGAAAUGAAAACAGCCUGAAACCCAGUGAGCCCCGUGGCUGUCCUAAUGCUGCUGUCUUCCCUCUUUGGGACAGCCUGCUUAUAAUUUCUCAAGGUUAGAAAACUUCUGUUGGUUUGUUUGCUUGUUUGUUUCAUAUUGUGUCAGGAUCUGUCAGCGUCUGUGCUUGUUUCUCAACUGGUACACAUAAUGUUGUACAAUUUGAAUGUCACCAGCUUCACACUUUUGAACUUCACUUGCUUUUCCUGGUCUGAAAAGGAUAUGGAGAGAAGAGCACACGCUUCGCACUGGUGUUGGAAAAGAGGCUGGAGAGGCCUUAUGUGUAUCUGGCUGGUAGUUUUUUUAGUGUUGUCAGUAUUUUUCCCAAAACCACCUAGUAGAAUUCAUUGUAUUAAUUCUUUUGAAAUUACCUUUAAAAAUGGCUAUUCUUGGCGAAUCUGCACACUUAGUGUUCCAGUUUUGCUGACCAGUCGUGUUUAGAGAAGGUACAUUUUGAUUUCCAGAUUUUUCUGGUUAAAAAAUAAAGGCUAUGCAAAGGAAUAUGUGAUCAUGAUUGCCACUGAUUUUGUGUUUUGCAAAUAGUUGCUAUAAAAUCCUAACGAGAUUCUAAUAGGUAUCUGAACAAUAGUGCAGAUAAAUUUGCAAGAAAGUAUUUUUACCACAUUUUGCUCUUAUGGAAAGAUGUCAAAAAUGACUUCUUUUAACCUGCAGUAAAGUAUAGGAUUAGCCUGUGUGUGACUAGGUAUUCUGCCAAGUCCUUUUCUUAUUUGUAAAACUAUGUUUCACUAGUAAAUUGUAUAUUUUCUUUCAUUACUCAUUAUUAAACACUUCAGUGAUCUUUCAUGAGAAAAAAAAGACCAUGUAAAUGAAGUAGAGAAAAACAUUUAUUGAACAUUUUGGGCUUGCAGACAAAUUUUACUACUAAAAAUUGAUCUCAUAAAACACCGGCCCAUUUUCAACCUCUUCAUAGAGAAAUUAGCUGUACUAUACCCUACCUAUUUAUUUAUUUAUUAUUCUAGCAUAGCAGAAUAACAAAGAAUUUGAUUCAUUAAGCCAGUUCUUUGCAAUUGAAAAUUAGCUUUUUCUCCUUCCCUUUCACACUCCAUGUAUAUAUGAUCACUGUUUCCAUUAAAGGGAAGCUGGACACACAAAUAUAUUAUAUUACAGUUUUUUUCCUAUUUUAUAUGUUUAUCUGAGUACAGUGGGAUAAAGAAAUUAAAGUAGUGUUCCUAUGGCAUUGGUGUCUUUGUGAGAAGGGCACAUGUAGUGAGAGAGAUUUUUUUGAUGGCAUUAAUAUGAAGGCCCUCCUAUAAUAUGUAUAUUAUUUUGUAAACAUUUCAUUGAAGGGCCAGAAGUUAAAUUAUAACUAAAUCACUGUGUGUUCAGGAUGAUAUUUAACGUUUAACAACAGCCUACCCAUGGUCAAACCAAAAUAGUGGGUUGAAGUGUAUUUUUCAUCUUCUAGUGCAUUGGCAAUUAGAAAAAAAAGGGGAGGGAUUUAAUAUACGGCUAUACAAAUAAAUUCGGUGUCUAACAUUUUAUUUAUUAAAUAGUUAUGACUUAUGACUUCCUAGUCUUAACAUUUUAUGUCUUUUUAUUGUAUUCUUAUUUCCAACACUUGUUUCUUAAUAGGUUCACUGAAUACACAGUAGAGGCACUUCAUGUGGCUCAGUUCCCAAGUAGCAUUAAUAAUUGGGCCUGUGUCAUAAAAAAUGCAUGGAUUUUUACUAACUAAAUGUCCCUGACACUUUUCACUACGGGCCUGGACUUAGUAACUGACCAACUCGGGGGUGGGGGGAGGGUUGGGGGGGCAUUAGAACAUGAUCAAAAAAAUGUCUCCGCUCAGGGAUUUAUGGUGGAUUAUUGCAGACAGUGCUAAAAAUAUAGAGCACAAGACAAGUUUACUAAAUUAAAAUUUUAUUUUUUGAAAAAAUGUUAUUUGUAUAAAUUAUCAAGAUUUGUAGGCUUUCCUUUUGUAGAAAUAAUUGUUUUAUGUGCCAGAGAAUUUCAAUUUCGUUUUCAACAAUAAAGCAUUGAUAACAAA